AUGAGCAGAACUGUUUUAAGGAACACAGUGGUUCUAUCGAAAUUGGUGAUGAAUGCGAUCAUCAAACGAUGCUUGUCAUCCACGGCUGCUUCUCCUAGAGCAAUCACUAGGCGCAAGUCGAAGCAUUUUCAGGAGGUGGUUUUCGUGGGAGCAGCAAGAACUCCACUUGGAUCAUUCCGUUCUGUAUUCAAGGAUACACCAGUCACCACUUUAGGAGCGGAAGCUCUGAAAGGUGCUCUAAAAGAUGCAAACGUCGAUCCAAAAAUGGUUCAAGAGGCUUUCAUUGGCUGUGUGGUACCAUCGAACGCAGGACAAGGACCGGCUCGCCAAGUCGUACUAGGGGCAGGAUGCAAGGUCAGCACAACUGUGACGGCCUUAAACAAAAUGUGUGCGUCUGGAAUGAAGGCAAUCGCGUGUGCGUCAUCGUUGCUCCAAUUGGGCUAUCAAGAUUUGGUAAUCGCCGGUGGAAUGGAGAGUAUGAGUUGUGUACCGUAUUAUUUGCCGCGAGGCGAGCUUCCGUUUGGUGGAGCUCAACUCAUUGAUGGAAUUUCCAGAGACGGUCUUAAAGAUGUCUACAACGAUAUUAUGAUGGGUGCUUGUGCGGAUAAAGUGGCCAAAGAGUUUUCGAUCACUCGUGAGGAACAAGACGAAUUCGCGAUUGAGAGCUACAAAAGAUCAGCCGCAGCAUGGAAGAAUGGAGUGCUCGAUGCAGAAGUUGUUCCUGUGAAAGUGAAACAAGGCAAAAAGGAUAUCACGGUCACAGAGGAUGAAGAAUACAAAAAGGUCGUCUUCGAAAAAGUGCCAAUGCUGAAGCCAGCUUUCACUAAAGAAAAUGUGCAUCAUAUCCAAGUAUUCGAUAGGCACUUAGCUUAUUUUGAAGGAAUACCGUUGAGUUCACUCGAAGCCUUUUCAGACGGAACAAUCACAGCAGCGAACGCUUCAACGUUAAACGAUGGAGCUGCGAUGGUUGUGAUGACAACGAUGGACUAUGCGAAGAAGCACAACUUGAAACCACUGGCGAGAAUGUUGGCAUACGGUGAUGCAGCCACACACCCCAUUGAUUUCGCUGUAGCACCUUCAAUGGUUAUUCCAAAGAUUCUCAAAAUGGCCAAUCUCGAAGUGAAUGAUAUCGAUCUGUGGGAAAUUAAUGAAGCGUUCGCAGUUGUGCCACUGCAUUCAAUGAAGACAUUCCAUUUAGACCAUGCCAAAGUGAAUAUCCACGGUGGUGCAAUCUCGCUGGGUCAUCCAAUCGGAAUGUCUGGUGCACGAAUAAUUGGGCAUUUGGUGCAUACACUGAAGCCAGGUCAAAAAGGAUGUGCGGCGAUAUGCAACGGAGGUGGCGGGGCCGGUGGAAUGAUCAUUGAAGGUCUUUAA